AUUGCACUAGAUGAAUUGAGUGACUAAUUAAACUUUCAUUUCAUUAGUGAAAAUACAAUUUCUACCAUCUAAUCCAUUUCUAAUUUUUUAUUUUUUCCUAAAAUAAAAGGCAUCUCAAAUUUAUCGCAAACACUAUAUUAUUUGCUUUCUUGCAACUACUUUUAUCCUUCAUAUGCUAUCUCUACCUUUCUCUGUCCGUAUUUAUUGGAAUAACAUUAAUUACGCUUCAAUCUCCUAUCACUACUUCCUUACGAGGAUUUUUCAUUUCAUUUGUCUUCCUCUUUUCCUCAAAUAAUGUCUAAUACUAAAACGAUUACUUGUAAUAAUAUCGUAAAAAUCACUACAAUAUUGAUAAUCGUGAACUUUAUAACAUUAGUUCAUGGUGCAUCAAAAGUACCUUGCUAUUUUAUUUUUGGUGAUUCAUUACUUGAUAAUGGGAAUAAUAACAACCUAAAUACACAAGCAAAGGCUAAUUAUCCACCUUAUGGCAUCGAUUUCCCCAAUGGACCUACUGGACGAUUCACAAAUGGACGCAAUAUGGCUGAUAUUCUUGGGCAACUAUUAGAAUUUGAUAACUACAUUCCACCUUUUGCAAGUGCAACUGGUAAGGAGAUCUUGCAAGGUGUAAACUAUGCCUCUGGUUCAGCAGGAAUUCGUAACGAGACGGGAAGUCAUCUCGGCAAUCGCAUAUAUUUGGAUUUGCAACUUCAAAACCAUCACAACACAAUUUUAAGAAUGGUGGAUUUAGUGGGCAAUAGAGCUGCAACCAACGCACACUUGAACACAUGUUUGUACAUUGUUGGAAUAGGUAGCAAUGACUACAUCAACAACUACCUUGCACCCAAACAUUACUCAACAAAUAGUUUGUACACACCAAGUCAAUAUGCAACAUUAUUGGUACAACAAUAUGGUCAACAACUAAAGACUUUAUAUGAAGAUGGAGCAAGGAAAAUAGCCCUAUUUGGAUUGCCCCAAAUAGGUUGCAUUCCUCAAGAGUUACAAAAACACAAUACAAGAAAGUGUGUGGAUUCAACAAAUGAAGCAAUUCAACUAUUCAAUGAGAAGCUCAAGUCUCUUGUAACUGAUCUGAAUACCAACUUCCCACAAGCAAAAUUCACCUAUAUAAAUAUGUAUAGCAUUUCAUCACUUAUGAGUACGUACAUCAAUCUAAAGUUUUAUUUUUCUCCAUUGUAUAGAAAAUCUCGGAACCUAAGUGUUGUUAUAGAGACGUUUGACUAUAUAAAGAACUACUCUUUAAUCUAUAAAUUCAAUUUUAUUUGUUUUGCAGGUACUCUUAGUUUCUUGAAUUAUCCGUGCUGCAAAAUUUCGACUACAACGGCUGAAGGACAAUGUGUUUCUGGACAAGCUCCAUGCCACCUAAGGGCAGCACAUGUGUUUUGGGAUAAUUUUCAUCCUACAGAGAAUGGAAAUAUAAUUGCUGUUAUGAGAGCAUACAAUGCUUUUCUACCUUCAGAUAGUUAUCCUAUGGAUAUUAGUCAUUUGAUUGAGAGUGGAUAAUAGCCAAUCUGAAGUUUAUUGUUAGUACAAAUAGAUUUAUGGUUUAGUCCUGGUUGUUUAAUGGAAAUAGCUAGCCUAUCUAGGUAAGGUUGUGUAUACAUCACCUCUCGUGAAAAAGAACUGCACUGAGUAUGUUGUUGUCUUUUAGAUUUUUUUGAAGGUUGUAAUGAUCUGUAUGUAAACGAGUUGUUCUCCCAUUUUGAGCUACAACUAAUGGAAUAUGUAAAUGAGUUGUUGAUGACUA